CAUUAUUAUUCUGAGAUGUUACGUUACGAUAGCUGUUGCCGACCCCGUGCCGGUUCAGCGAGCGAGAGAGCAACAAACACGUUGAUACGAGAGCCGCCGACCUCCGCGACUCAUUCGUGUUUAUUUCGGAGCCGCGUGUCCGUGGAUUGGGUGUGUCGCUCUACUGAAAAACAAGAAACAAUCAACAUGAGUGGACAACAGUACUACCCGUACAAGUGCACCCCCACGGUGUACCCCGCGGAGCCCUUCGACCCGGCGGCGGACGCCGAGACCCUCCGCAAGGCCAUGAAAGGCCUGGGCACCGACGAGAAGGCCAUCAUCGACGUGCUGUGCCGCCGCGGCAUCGUGCAGCGGCUCGAGAUCGCCGAGACCUUCAAGACCAGCUACGGCAAGGACUUGAUCAGCGAACUGAAGAGUGAGCUGAGCGGCAACCUCGAGAACGUGAUCAUCGCGCUGAUGACCCCCCUCCCCCACUUCUACGCCAAGGAGCUGCACGACGCCGUAGCGGGAAUCGGAACUGAUGAGGAGGCCAUCAUCGAGAUCCUCUGCACACUCUCCAAUUAUGGCAUUAGGACCAUCUCCGCGUUCUACGAACAACUGUACGGCAAGAGCCUAGAGUCAGACCUGAAGGGCGACACCUCCGGGCACUUCAAGCGGUUGUGCGUGUCUCUGUGCAUGGCCAACCGCGACGAGAACCAAGGCGUGGACGAGGGCGCGGCCCGGGCUGACGCCGAGGCGCUCGCCAACGCUGGCGAGGGUCAGUGGGGAACUGAUGAGUCGGUCUUCAACUCCAUCCUCAUCACCCGGUCCUACCAGCAACUGAGACAGAUCUUCGCGGAGUACGAGUCGCUGACGGGCAAGGACAUCGAGGAGUCCAUCAAGAAGGAGUUCUCUGGCAGCGUGGAGAAGGGCAUGCUUGCUAUUGUAAAAUGUGUGAAGAGCAAAGUUGGCUUCUUCGCCGAGCGCCUAUACCACUCCAUGAAGGGUCUAGGCACCAACGACAAGACGCUCAUCCGCAUCGUCGUGAGCCGCUCCGAAAUCGACCUCGGCGACAUCAAGCAGGCCUUCCUGGAGAAGUACGGCAAGCCCCUGGAGGAGUGGAUCGCUGAGGACGUAGGAGGUACUCGGGGCCUACUGCUCUCUACCAUGAGCUACUAGACCCCGCAUGCCACUAACAUGCAAUCUCAGUAUUACGAGCGUCCUUUCGUGUAGCCUUGCUGUGUGAAGAAAGUAGACUCAUCACAAAUACUUAUACCAUUGUAUCGAUGUAACUUAAAUGUGCAUUUUAUUAAAGACAUUUUUAAUUAUAAGAUAUUAGAAAUUUCGUGUUUGAUAUUUUUAUUUUCUUUACUGAAGUUUAUUUACCGCAUGGUGUGUGAAAAAUCUCAACUGAAAUUGUGGGCCAGUUUCGUAUUAAGUUUUACGCUUAUUACAGCUUCGUUUUCGGUAUUGUUUGCAGGAAGACAUAACCGGCGAUUUCCGAGAUGUCCUAGUCGCCCUUUCUUAUUAAGCUGCUCUAGAGGCAGACUCUCUUGCAUGCGUGCCUAUAUUGUAACAUGGUCUGUUAGGUCGUUUGUACAAAUCAAAUGUAAUGUUUUCCAGGGUGAUACGAAGGGAGACUACAAACGCGUGUUACUCACUCUCGUACAAUAGCGACGAUACGCAUAAUAUAAGACUCCAUGUUGUUAUGAAUUGAUGUUGUGCGCAUAAGCUAAGUUCCGAUCUGAAACUGCCUUUACAUUGUAUAACUGUUGAGAUGAUAGAAAAAGCUUGAUAUUUUUGUGAAAUGAGAUAUUUAUUGAUGCUGUAGUUUCGUUUACAAUAUAUUUACAUUAAUAAUUAAACUAUGUUCUACAA